UGCCAUGCACUGCUGUUGCCGGUAAAACAGGGAUGUUCAACAUAAUAAUUAAACUGGGUUCUUUCUGAAGACAAAUGAAAGAUUUGUGUUAAUGUUCUCAUUUGUAGUAAAAUGUAAACUUUAAAGUGUUGAAAUACUGUAGUCACCCUCAAUAGGGACGUGCAGUUAUUGGUUAAAAAUAUCCCAGAUGCACAGAUGUCAUUCCAUUAUUUCAUCCUCAAGGCUGCUCAUGUUUUCAGACCUUUGGCCUGCUGAUGUAGAACAAUAUGACGAUAUCUAAAAUGACUCCUCUUACUAUCCACCGCAGUCUAAUUGAGGGUUUCUUGUCCUCUGCCUAGGCAGACAAGGGAACAAAAACUAUAGCGUCUGUUCUAGUUUCACGUUACUGCUGGCUUAGCCCAAUAUUUAGCUUUUUUUAGUGUAGCCACUAAAGCUGAAAUAACCUAACACUUACUAGUGUAACUAGACCAAAGACUAAAUGAAUAUAGCAAACAUAUCAACACUGGGAAUGGUUGGUGAAUGGAAACAAUUUAACUGUAGACAGUAGGUUUAAGAAAUAACAUCUCAUUACAAAUUCAGUUGAACCAGGACUUUUGAAAAACUAGUCACAUGGCGAGUUUGAACACUCGCCUGAGUUAUUUCCUCUAAACAGUUGGAGGAAGGAAGAGGUGAUAUGCACUGAAGAUAUGCCAGGCAUUUCAGGCUGGUUUCCUUGGAAGAGCGGACAUAAGCUAACAACUCUGUCUUUAAAUGGUCUUUCAGCUCUCUUGGGUUACAAUGGCAGGUUGGGGAAUGUGGUAUACCUCCCUUAUGUUCUUUGCUGCUGUUACUCAUGAAGUAUCUUGUAUAGAGAUGGGUUUCGCACCAGAGGCAGUAGAUGAUGCAUACACUGCAUGCCGUGAGGAGAUGCUGCAGAAAAUGUUGGCAGAGAAAGGAAUUCUUCAGGAGGAGCUCAAGAUCAACACUGUGUUCCAGAAAGAGUGGAACACAUCUAGCCACUGCCAAAAACAGAUCCCUGGAGGUCUACCGCUCCAUUCACAGGCUUUGCAAGCUUUUGGUAAUUCUCGUUCUUUGUCCAAACAAUUCAAUGAAGCUGUUAUGACCAAAGGUGGGACUCCCAGCAUCUACAAAGAACAGUUCCAUUUUAAGUCCCUCCAUUUCCUGCUUAUGGACGCCUUUCGGUUGCUGAAGAACGACUCACAGUGUAGUACCGUGUAUUCCGGCAUCUUUAAGGACUUCACUGCCGUGAAAGGAACUGAGGUGCGUUUCGGAGGGUUCUUCUCAGCAAACUCUGAUAAAAGCUCAGAGGAAGAGGGCUGUGCAGAUGGUGGAACCCUGUUUACCAUUAACACCUGUUCUAUCAUCAACAUGGAAGUGCAUGCCUGUUCUCCAGAACAUACUGUGCUGUUAAUAUCACCAGUGGAGGUGUUUAAAGUGGAGGAUGUGAAGACUGGUCACACAGACUGCAAAAGAGAGAUUGUGUUGACCUCCUCAAGAUUCCAUAGCAAUCACAAUUGUUAUCUAUUCCCCAGGGAUCCUACCACUCCUGUUCCAACAGCUCAUACUACUUCAGCUAUGGCUGAUCCACCUGCUGGGGGAUCCUCCACCCAGUGGGUGAGCUCCGGUGGGGUUGUUCUCCUGACUGCAGCUCUUCACAUCUGCUUGAUUUGUCUUGCACCGUGACUUACAUGCUGAUAAGAUCUGUGAAACUCUCCCUAAAUAAAAUCACACACACACACUCACAAAUAUCUUUCAAUAUCUUCCUCAACACACAACGUGCCAUGUGCUUCAAAAUGCACAGAAAAACAUUUGCAUUCAGAGGAGCUAUUGGAUUGCAUUGUAAAAAUCAGUGUAUGAAUUCCAUACAAUUUACAUUUCAUUCUGCAUAAAUGAACUUUCCCCUUUACUGGGGAGGGCUAUGUGAUAAGAUAGAAAGGCUAUAAUGUAAUGACUUACAACUUCCUUUGUUAGUGAUACCUCCUGUUGAUAUAACUUUGCUGGAUGAAAUGUGUUUUUAUAGUUAUUGUGUUUUGGUUAAACUGAAAUAUGUUGAAGCGAUGAAAGAUUUGACACCUUUUUAGAAACUAGACACUUCACUUCAUAGACAAUCUUCUGGGUUUCUCUACCUCUUAAUGAUGGUUGUACCUGUCCUUGGUUGGUUGGUUAUGUACAUGUUUUCCACUGUUCAACUUUGAAAAUAAAGCACAUUUUGCUUA